AUGUCUCUCCGGUUUUCUGGCGGAUCCAGGCACGUUGGCAUACAGUCGGGAUCCCUCAGGCCGCCCAGCGGAGGCGCGGGCUUUGCCGGGAGCAGUGCGGCUGGUGGUUCAGUUGCUGGUAGUGGAUUUUCUUGGGCCUUGGGAGGGACACUGGGCAGUGCUCCUGGUGGGAGCCAUGCCACCAGUGUCCUGGGAAAUGUCACUGGUGUUUGUUUCACUGGAAGUGAAGGGGGUCUCCUCUCCGGAAACGAGAAAGUCACCAUGCAGAAUCUUAACAACCGCUUGGCCUCUUACCUGGACAACGUGAAAGCUCUGGAGGAAGCCAACACUGAGCUAGAGAGAAAGAUCAAGACUUGGCAUGAGAAAUAUGGACCGGGAUCUUGCCGUGGACUUGACCGUGACUACAGCAAGUAUCAUCUAACCAUUGAGGACCUAAAAAGCAAGAUCGUCUCUUCCACGGCUGCCAAUGCUAAUAUAAUCCUACAAAUUGAUAACGCCAGACUGGCUGCUGACGAUUUCCGACUAAAGUAGGUGACAGAUGACAAUCUCGGCCCUGGAACUAAGUUCCUAUCUGAAAUGAAGGUUCUGCAGUGUGCAGCCGGAGGCAACGUAAAUGUGGAGAUGAACGCAGCCCCGGGCGUGGACCUCACCGUCCUGCUGAACAACAUGAGAGCCGAGUAUGAGGCCCUGGCUGAACAGAACCGCAGGGAUGCCGAGGCCUGGUUCCAAGAGAAGAGCGCCACACUGCAGCAGCAGAUCUCCAAUGACUUGGGCGCCGCCACCUCGGCCAGGACUGAGCUGACAGAGCUGAAGCGCUCCCUGCAGACGCUGGAGAUCGAGCUGCAAUCACUCUCAGCGACGAAACACUCUCUGGAGUGCUCCCUGGCGGAGACCGAGGGCAACUACUGCUCGCAGCUGGCUCAUAUCCAGGCUCAGAUCAGCGCCCUGGAGGAGCAGCUGCACCAGGUGAGGACAGAGACCGAGGGCCAGAAGCUGGAACAUGAGCAGCUGCUGGAUAUCAAGGCCCACCUGGAGAAGGAGAUCGAGACCUACUGCCGCCUCAUAGACGGAGAUGAGAAUUCCUGCUCUAGCUCAAAGGGGUUUGAAUCUGGAAGCGCAGGGAAUUCAUCCAAAGAUGUAUCUAAAACCACACUGGUAAAGACGGUGGUUGAAGAAAUAGAUCAGCGUGGAAAGGUCCUGUCCUCCAGGAUCCACUCCAUCGAGGAAAAGAUGUCUAAGAUGAGCAACGGCAAGGCUGAGCAGAGGGGUCCCUUCUAG